AUGGCCCCCUAUGUCCUCCCUAUCACCCCAAUGCCCCCCUGUGUCCCCCUCAUGGCCCACAGUGUCCCCUCCUGGCUUCCUAUGUCCCCUUAUGACCCCUCCAAGUGCCUUCAUGGGACCUCCAUGGAUGGGAUCUCCAUGCACCAGCCCUCCAUGCAUAGGUUCUUCCUGGAUGAGACCUCCAUGAAUGGCUUCUUCAUGGAGCAGACACCACGGCUUGAGAUCCUGGUGGACACCAUCCCAGUGGAUGAGCUCUUUGUGGGGCAGAUCUCCCUGGGAGAAGCUCGCUAUGAACCUCCUGUGUGGCCCACACCUCCACGGGGUGGGAUCUCCAUUGGACAACACCCCAGUAGGUGCCACCUCCAUGGGCCAAAUGGAGGCCACAACCUCUUUGCUGAGGAGCUCCAUGGAUCUGGAAUGGCUCGUGGUGGACAUGGGGCCUUCAGCUUCAUCCCCAUCUUCAUCCUCACCACUGGUCUUCUGCUGAGGACCCCACAACUGGCGCAAGCUCAAGGGAAGGGCAACCAAGGCAAUGAGCUGACGGAGGAGGACGAGUCCCGUAUCAUCGGUGGGAAACCUUGUUCCAUCAACCAGAGACCCUUCCAAGUGGCCCUCAUCAAGAGAGGUCAGAUCCUAUGUGGAGGAAGCUUGGUAGAUGCCCAAUGGGUCCUCACAGCUGCCCACUGCAAGCAGCCAGUCAGGGACCUCAGGGUGCUGAUAGGGACGGACACCUUGAGGGAGGGGACAGGAGAACUAAGGUCCAUCUCAAGGCUUCAGGUCCACCCGUCCUACAACCCCCGCAAGAACGACAACGACUUCAUGCUCCUGAAGCUCAACAGGCCCGUCCACUUCAGCAGCAACAUCAAGAAGAUCAGGUUGGCCACCAGGUGCCCCAUGGAUGGGAUGAGGUGCAGCGUCUCUGGCUGGGGGACCACCAAGUCUCCUGGAGCGAAGCUACCUCAGAACCUGCAGUGUGCGGCCAUCCAAGCCUUUGGGAGGGACAAGUGCACCAGGGCCUAUGGGAAUGCCAUCACCCCCAACAUGUUCUGCGCUGGUGUCCCCCAAGGCGGGGUUGACUCCUGCCAGGGUGACUCUGGAGGCCCGUUGGUGUGCGAUGGGGUCCUCCAAGGGGUUGUCUCCUGGGGCAUGGCCGUCUGUGGGCGCCGAGGACAACCCGGGGUCUACUCCAACGUCUGCAGGGCCGUGCCCUGGAUCAGGAGGACCAUUGGGAGCCGGCCGCCCUGGUUGGACCGCCCCGACCAGCCCAGGCGGGGCCCGGCUGGAUUUAAAGGGGCCAGAGCCGGGUCCCCACCAGCGGCCGUGGGGGACGAGACACGGAUCGUGGGUGGCCAGAAGUGCCAGAAGAAGCGUCACCCCUACCAGGUUGUCCUCUUGGGCCCCCAGAAGAACAUCCACUGCGGUGGGGUCCUCAUCGGGAGCUCCUGGGUGCUGACGGCCGCCCACUGCGACACCAAGAGCCCCAUCCCCAUCCGCAUGGGCGACCACAGCUUGAAGACCAAGGAAGGGACGGAGCAAUGUAUCUCCUCGGCCAAAGCCUUCAUCCACCCCAACUACAACCCCACCAGCCACGACAGUGACCUCAUGCUGCUGAAGCUCCAGAAGCCCGCCCGCUUCACCGAGCACGUCCACCCGGUGGCCUUGCCCAAGAGGUGUCCCCCCCCCAACACCGAGUGCGUGGUGUCGGGCUGGGGCAGCACCAGCAGCCCCGAAGGCUACUUCCCUGAUGUCCUCCAGUGUGGUGUGGUCUACACCAUGGCCAACGAGGAGUGCAGCAGACUCUACCCCAAGGGCAUCACCAAGAACAUGCUGUGUGCUGGUGUCAGCACGGGGGGCACUGACUCCUGCCAGGGUGACUCAGGAGGUCCCCUCGUGUGCCGGGACGAGCUCCAGGGCAUUGUGUCCUGGGGGAUGCAGGUCUGCGGCCAACAGGGCAAACCUGGGGUCUACACCCGCGUGUGUGAGUUCACCCCCUGGAUCCAGGACAUCAUGAGGAGGAACAGCCACAUCUGAGCCACCAGCAGAAGGAAAGGUCUUCUCCUCCCACCCCGCGACCAUCAGGUGUCUUCUUCUCCCUUCUCCCCUCCCCUAUGGCACCUUCUUGAUGGAAUAAAGCCCUGUGAAACGUG